CAACAUCUCAUCCUCAUUUCUCACAACACUUGUAGCUACAAAUGGCUUUCGCCGCUUUCUCAAAGCUCCUUUUACUCUCGCUAUCAGUCUCAUUGUUCGCCUCUAGGUGUGUCUUUGCCGGUAAUGAUCUUAUUCACGACGACCACCAUUUCUCGAUUGUAGGUUAUGGUUCACACGACCUUUCGUCCAUAGACCGGCUAAUAAGGCUGUUUGAGUCAUGGGUUGAGAGACAUGGAAAGAUUUACCACAACAUUGAAGAGAAGUUGCAUAGGUUUGAGGUGUUUAGGGACAACUUAGAUCACAUUGAUGAGACUAACAAGAAGGUACAGAAUUAUUGGUUGGGCCUUAACGAGUUCUCUGACAUGACCCAUGAUGAGUUCAAGAAGAAAUAUUUGGGCCUUAAUGCAGAACUUCCCAAGACAGGUAAGGCCUUGGAAUUUAGCUACAAAGAUGUCCAGUUUGAGGCCCUGCCCAAAUCUGUUGACUGGAGAAAGAAAGGUGCUGUUACUCCUGUCAAAAACCAAGGCAAUUGUGGUAGUUGUUGGGCAUUUUCAACAGUGGCUUCAGUAGAAGGAAUCAACCAGAUCGUGACAGGGAACUUGACUUCACUUUCGGAGCAAGAAUUGAUCGACUGUGACAACACUUACAACAAUGGCUGCAAUGGUGGCCUUAUGGACUAUGCCUUCCAAUACAUCAUGGGCAACAAUGGACUUCACAAAGAAGAUGACUACCCUUACCUUAUGGAGGAAGGCACUUGUGAUAACAAGAAGGAUGUUAAUGAAGCGAUCACCAUUGAUGGGUACCAUGACGUACCAGCCAACGACGAUGCAAGCCUCGUCAAAGCACUGGCCCAUCAGCCUGUAAGCGUUGCUAUUGAGGCCUCUAGCAGAGACUUCCAGUUCUACAGCGGGGGUGUUUUUGAUGGACACUGUGGGACUGCAUUGGAUCAUGGAGUUGCAGCAGUCGGAUACGGAUCAACCAAGGGGUCAGAUUACAUUAUAGUGAAGAACUCAUGGGGAAGCAAAUGGGGAGAGAAGGGAUUCAUCAGGAUGAAGAGGAAUACUGGCAAACCAGAAGGAAUGUGUGGUAUCAACAAGAUGGCUUCUUACCCUACUAAGAACAAGUGAUCCAAUUCCAUUAUUAAUCAGCAGAUCAUUUUCGAUCUGUUUUAGUUUUCCUGCAAAAUACAGGGAUUUCUUUUAUGAUUCAAUUUGACACUGUAAUUUCUCUGUAAUUCAAGCAGUUCUCAAUAAAAAAAAAUCUAGCAUUUACAUUA